UUAUCUCUUUACAGAAUCGUUUCUUACUGUUUACCACACAAUUGCAUUGAAAUAACAACCAGUAAUAUCGUUAUAUCACUGGAAAGUAUUUUAACUAAUUAAUUUUUUAAGUAAAUUACCGAUUAUAAUCUACUACCUUUGAUUAGAAGUUUCCAUAAUCUAGGCUACUACAGUUACUAAUAUAGAAACAAGUUUAAAAUACUAAUUAAAAUCAACCAAAUUUAAAAAAUAGUCUUUGAUUUUUCAGGUUGAAAGCAACCGACUAGUCGGUUAGACUGAAAUUACCAAACAUCUGUUACCAGGAUUCGGUUAUUCCCAACAAAAUACCAUAGUAUUUGUACCUAUUAGCAUAUUAUUAGUUUCAAUUUAUUGUGUUUAGUCUAGAGAGGGUUCAAUUUCCACCUGUUGACGCUUUUUGAUUAUGUUUUGUAACAGACUAAACUCUAUUUCUAUCACUACAUUAACUAUUUAUAAGGGCUUAACCAUUACCAGUACUAAUUGAUUUAAUUCAUCAAAUUAAAUGAGGUUUUAGAAUGACUACACCUCAGAAACCUUGGGAAAUGCAAUUUCCAUCUUCAAAUGCAAAUUUUAGACAGAGUGAGAACCUUAAUCCUAGGAUGUCUGCUGGGAGAAAUGUUCUCAAUAGCAAUGCCCCCUUACAUUUCACCCAGCCAACAGGAUCUGUGAGACCAGCAGCAGUGUUGCCACAACUCCCUCCAAGACCUCCACAGUUGGCAACAUCUGGUCUACACACCAAUUUUGGUAUGGGUCCAAGUAUGUUUGGUGGCUGUUCAGGAUUUGGUGGUUUUCCCGGGUAUGGAACUUACCCAGGAGGCAUGUACAUGCCAAUGGGAUACAAUUAUGGAUCAUUUGGAAACUUUGGUCCUGGUUUUGAAAACAGAUUCAUGCAGGUAGCAGAAGAAAGUUCACGGAAUGCAUUUCAAUCAAUAGAAUCAUUAGUCCGUGCCUUCACUUCAGUGAGCAUGAUGUUGGAGUCCACUUAUCAUGCCAUGCAUUCCUCAUUCCGAGCCAUUCUUGGAGUUGUUGACAACUUCUCUAGGCUGCGUACCAUGUUUGCUCAAUUCAUAUCUGCUAUUUCAAUUCUGAGAACAAUCAGAAGUUUCUACCGCCGAUUGCUCUACUGGCUAGGUGUACUGGACAACAAAACCCAGCCAGAGAGUGUGUGGGGUUCUGUCACUGAUGGGUCCACAGACAGCCAAGUUGUCACUUAUUCAUCUUGGCCACUGAUUACAUUCUUUGGUCUUCUGUUUGGUGGACCUUAUCUUAUAUCCAAAUUCUACAAGUCAAAACCAAUUGACUGGGAUCUAGAUAAAGGUAACUGGGUUGUACCCGGAUACCCUUAUGAAGCAACAUCAGAAGCAGAGCUGAGCUUUCAAGCCCAAGAGGUGUUGAAUGUGGCUCCCAUCGAGUUCCAGCUGGAAGGUAACACAGGGUGGUUGCUGGCCAAGAACAGGCAGGGCAAAGUAGGUUAUGUACCUGUCACUCGGCUUAGAGGAGAAACAAGGCCACCUGUGAGAAAUGUCAUCAACUCUACCAGGAAUCCAGAUGUCAAUAGUAAAACUUGAAUCAUGGAUCACUUCUAUGCUAGUUUUUAAAAUUCUACAUUUAUAAGUAGUAUUCAAGCAAUCCUUCUAGUCCUGUCAGCCUCUGCCACUUGUACAUGGGAUAACAUGCUUUGUACAUAAAAUUGUGAAAAUGAAACCUGUUAUUGCAAGAGCAGUUAUUGUUAGAUAUUCUUAUCCAUAAAUUUUUCCAGCAUGAAUACUUUUAGGCUACCUAUUUCAUUUUUUGUAUAAAUUAUAUUUUUGAUCGUGAAGAAUUUAAAGAGGUAGGAUAUAUUUAGAAUAAGAAAAAAUUGGGUUUUUUAGUCUUUUAUAAACACGAUUAUGAGUACUUCACAUCAAUUUCUUCCUCAGAUUAAAAAUAUAUUGGUAGAUUACAGGUCUUAAAACAUGAGGAUUUUUAAACAGUGGAAGUUAAUUUUAACAAUCCUGCUGCGUAACUAGAGCGUCUGUUUGAUCAAUCGUAAUUACCUUGUUAAUUUGUUUAUCAUUAAUAGUUAAUAUUAAUAAAUCAAUAUUGUACUGUUAGUUACAUGCUGGCUGUGUGGAUUGUUAAUACUUUUAUUGUGUAACCUUAACAACGUUUAAAAUUAAUAAGACAUGAAAAUGAUUUGAACAAAUAUUUAUUUACUUUUUAUUGUGUUUAUGUCACAUAAUAUAUUUAAAAACCAACUUUUUACUAUACAUUCUAAUUGGACUGCCUUGAAUUUGUAAACACUUUGGAUAAUUUAAUGAUCAAGGGUUGUGGAUUCAGUGUUGUGAUGGCAGAAACAAAAAAGUACAUAACUAUGCUUUCAAACUAUUUAGUAGUCUUUUCAGUAAAUUUCCAUCUUGAUAACUGGAACAUUAUGUUAGUGAAUGAAAGCUGUAAUGUUGAUUACUGACUGGCUUCUUGAAUCGUGAGUAAUAUAGCACCAUUUACAUGAGAAUGUAUGUAUCGCAUUGUAAAACAUAACAUCCCACAAAAACCAGAUAUUUUCAAAUGCAAGUACCAGUAAUAUUCAUGUUGUAUACCAAAGCCCAAAGUUAGUAACUAUCAGCUAAGCAUCAAUCUCAUUGCUCCACAUUUAUUAUAAUUAUUACAAACUUAAUAUGACAAGCUCAACACAAAUCAAUGUGAUGUAGCAGUAUGUAACCUGUGUCGUACAGACAGAUAGCUCAACUGAUUAGUUGCCACCAGAAGUACUAAGAUGCCAGUCAGUUUAACCAUAGAGUCUAGUACAAUCAGAGCUUGGUUAAACAAAUUAAUGUCUCAUAAUUCCAUACUGUUUAUUUUAAUAUGUAAAUGAAAAACUAAUGUUCUGAUAUGUAGUAUUUACUACACGGACUGACAAACCUUAUGUUUUCAAUAUUAUGUACAAUAUUGAAAACUCUUAAUAGGGUCAGUUGAAAUCGUCUAGGUUUACUACCACUUGAAGUAUCAUGUUAUUUUACUAUGUUUACUAAAAUAUAACUGUACCAUUGUCUAAAAUAUUAGUUUAUUAAUCUAGACUUAGUUAUCAUUUAAUAUAUUUUAAAAUUUAAAUCCUUGAUGUAAUUUUGUCAGUUUUAUUUUUACCAUUCUUUGUACCUAAUUGUUUAGUGUGAAGCUUAACGCUUCCUGCACCGUAGACGGAUGUAGUCCAAUGAUAGACAAUGCCAUUAUUAGACAUGGUAUUACUUGUGUUCCUAAGAUGUGUUAGUUCAAUUAAUACUCUUCUAUAAUACCAUAACUUUUAUAUUGUACUGAAAAAAUAAUUACAAACAAGUAAAAUUGUAUAACACAAUCUAAAGAAUCAAAUGGAUCCUUAGACAAAUGGAUCCUAAAAAAGUGUUCAUGUUAAAUUUAACCAUAUAUCAAUUUCACAAAACUCUAGCCUUUCAUGGUUGUAUAUCAGUAUCCUGUUUCAAUUGGCACUAGAGUGAAGAACACAGCUUUAAAAUACAAUGAAAAAUUAUUUUCAGCUAAGGAAAUAUACUUCUGUGUAGUGUUAAUAAUUAUUGUAUGUUAUUAUCAAAUUAAUAUUUCUCAUUUUGUAAAAGCAAACUGGACCUAAACAAGAUCUGAUACAAACAUAGGUUAUAUUAGUAAAUUUAACAACUAAAUGAUCUGUUAUCGCUAUUUUUAAUGGGUCCAAUAAUUUAACCCUUCGUACGCUGUAAGCGGAAUAUUCCGCCGAGUAAAUCUAACUCGAAACGUUCUAAGCGGAAUAGAUCGCGGAAUCCCCUGACAACGCAAUAUAUUUACGUUAGUUCCACAAAUUGCCGCCAGAAUGCAUGAGAGUGACUAUUCAGUGUUCUAAUAUGACACGAUGUGAAGCGUGACUCAUCAAAACACCUGGGACCAAUCACAAUGGAAGCUUUUGUUUGCUUAGUCAGUCCGCGCCAUCGCCAGUGAGCAAGCUGUACGCUCUACACGGAACUAUUCGCGCGUGUCAGUCAGCUGCCGGCGUCUGCUGUGUAUUGUUGUUUAUUGUUUAUAACCUGCUCUACUGCGUUAGCUGUCUGUUGUGCGAGGUUAUCCAUAAUGAUAAUGUGAUAAACUAUUUAUAGUUUUAUAUUGUUCAUAUAUAUUUCUCAUCGAUUUUUAUUGCAUAAUUAUGGCGAAUCCUGAUGAUUCAGACUUUGAUGAUUUUGUACUUGGUGCAAUGAACGCUACUGUUUCUAGUGAAAUCGGUGACAACAUUAUUGCAUCUGAUCUGGAAGACACUGUUUUACACAAUUUUAGUGAUGAGGAAGAGGAUAUUAGUGAUGAAGAAGGAGUGCAACGAAAUAUUCCAGGUAGGCCUAAUCAAUGGGACAAUGUUUCAAAUAAUGACCCUGGCCCAUCAACAACUAUACCUGUAUACAAUGUCAACCAGGGACCCAACUUGCCAUCAUCUAUAACUGCAGACUCAUUACCUAUUGAUUACUUUGAUUUAUUUUUCAAUGACAAUCUGAUUAACCUGAUUUGUACUGAAACCAACUAUAAUGCAAACUUGAAAAAAACACACAGGCACUCUCCACACGCAAGGUUGAAUAAGUGGACUGAGUUAUCUUCAGUUGAUCUGAAAGCUUUCAUAGGCACUGUUAUAAAUAUGGGAACAAUGCCACUGCCAAGACUUGAAUCGUACUUUACUACUAAUUGGGAGAGUCGCACACAGUUUUAUAGGGACGUUUUUUCAAAAGAUGAAUUCUUGAAUAUUUUUUGGAAUAUUCAUUUCAACCACCAUCAAGGACAAGGAGACAGUGGUCAAAAAGAUUUCCUAAUAAGGCCUGUAAUUGAACAUGUAAGAAAUAUGACUCAUAUGAACAUGUUGUUUUAUUAUCCUAGUAAUAGAGUAGCUAUUGAUGAGAGCACCAUCUCUUUCAAGGGAACAGUUAGUUUCAAAAUCUACAAUCCUCUAAAACCAACAAAGUUUGGACUGAAACUUUUUGUUUUAUCGGACUGUUGUAAUGUCUUCAUUUAUGACUUUAUCCCGUAUUUUGGCAAAAAUGACGUCAUACCUGGAUCUGAACUCCUCAAAACAACCCAAAUAGUGAAGUCUCUUUGCCAGUCUGUAAUUUUGAAAAAUCCUGGAGCACCUGCAAGUGGUCUAUAUGUAUAUACCGAUAGGUACUAUACCAGUACGGAAUUGGCCAGUGAAUUAUUGAAUAUGAACACGUAUCUCACUGGCACAGUAAUGCCAACUAGAAAACAAAUGCCCCCAGACCUACAAGCUACAACCAAAAAGCUAAAAAAGGGCGAGAUAAUUUCUCAAAGAAAUGGUAAUAUCCUAGUAGUGUCAUGGAGAGACAAAAGAGUUAUACAUAUGCUUAGCACACAUGGAAAGGGCAGCAAAUCAGGUGUUACUGAUGUAGCAAGCAGAUGGCCCAACAAACCACCAGUUACUAAGCCCAAUGUUGUUGUUGAUUAUACAAAACAUAUGGGGGCUGUGGAUCGGAGUGAUCAUUUUAUAUCCUCCUAUGAAUUCAUGCGACGUACCAAGAAGUGGUACAGAAAAAUGGUUUUCUGGCUUCUAGAGGUUUGCAUUAUUGACUCGUAUUUGUUGUACAAACAAGUGCAAAAAGACAGCUAGAGAAAACCUCUAAGCCACUUAGGUUUUAGAAAGAGUUUAGUGAGAGCACUAGUGGCAGACAAGAUGAGAGCUCAGCCAACCCCAAGGAGACGUGGACGACCUUCUCAAGGACCUCCUGAACAGAGACUGAAUGGUAAAAUGCAUUUCAUCAAGAAAAGGGAAAAGGGAUCAGCCAGAUGUGUGGUUUGUUUGAAGAGGGGUUUGAGGAAAGAGUCUAUAUAUCUAUGUAAAACAUGUGACUCCAAGCCUGCCCUCCACCCAGAUGAAUGUUUUGAGAUUGACCACACACAAGUCCAAUAUUAGUGUGCUUUUUUUAUUUUUGUACCAUUUUGUGUUCUUUAUAUAUUCCAUAUUUGUCAUGGAUUUUUUCUCUUCAUUAUCUACUAAUUUUGUAUAAUUAAUAUAAAUUUCUGUUGUGCUAACUUUUGCUACUUUCAGAAAAGUUUAUUGGACUUUAUAUUGCCUUGUAUAUUUACAUGUAUAUGUACUCAUAUGUAAAUAAAAUAAAAGCAUUACAAAAACCAUCAUGUGUUUUCAUCAGUUGCAAGACCAAUAAAACUAAAAAAAAUAUAACUUUGAAAAAAUUGAAAAUUAUUAUUUUUUUUUAUUUGAGCGUUAGAGCAAUUUUAUACAACUUGCUUUCAGCGUACGAAGGGUUAAUAGCAAAAUGCUGUAUAAAGUGGUUGGAUAUAAGAAAUGCAUUAUUGAUUGGUUUAGGAAUGUUUAAGGUUUUUUUCAUGUAGAUAUUAAAUAUAUAUGGGAGUUAUUGUUUCCUGGAGGCACUGAGUAUCGUCCACACCACGUAUUGUAGUCAGUCCUCCUGACUCUGGUACUUGUAUAUUGUGGCAUUAUCUAGUUUAAUUGGGGUACUCUUCUCUACCUACACACAACUGAUAGAGAAUGUGGUAGUUACGUUCCUCAGUGCCUGGAUGACUUCAUGUGACUUCUCCAGUAAAUACGUUCUCCUGCUGGCCCGAUAAUAUUGUAUGUCCAACUGAACUGUAAUUCUAAACUUUCUGAAAGGAGAACUGUUGUCAUUGCAUUUCUAAUGACCUCUGUAAUGGGGCUGAAGGCGAAGAAUUUGCGCUCGAUGUGUGUUUUAGUGGUGGAAUCAUCCACAGUCGCAAAAUACUGCAUUACAUACUUGGUAGACACCAUCUUGCCUGCUUCAGACGUGAUAAUACUCGGAUCUCUCUGUUCCUUUUCCAUCUGUAUGCCUCUUCAGCGACAGCAAAGAUGGAGGGUCUAAGUCACCCAUGGCCUUGCCUUGAUAGGUGUGUGUGGUGUUAGUGUCCUAGACAGGCUGCUCUGUGUAAGGGUUGAUUGCAACCAGAACAAUACCAUAAUAAGUGUAGAUGGCAUUUUGGUAUAAAACUUUACUCGCAGGUUAUACAAGACUGCAGUUUGGUACAGGUACGACAGUUUCGUGAGAUCAUUUUCUCUACUUAGAAUAUCUGAAUUUCUUAAUGAAAGUAGAUUUUCUUUUUUUUUAACAAUAAUUGGUUUAAUUUUACCAUCUUUAGCCUAACUUUAAUAGUAGCUGCCAUGUAAUUCUCCACCACCUUUGCACCUUCCCAAAUCAAUUUUGGGUGAGGUAUCCGUAUUUGAGCACCCUUUGUAUAUAACUCUUUUGUUGUCAUCUCGGAGAAAUCUUGGAAACAUGAAUAAGAAUAAAAGGCCUACAGGAAAAUAGUUUGAAACUUGUCGUGCAUAGUGUCUUAGGCAGAAGAAACGUGCUGCACCCAUAACCCACAGGUUCGUGGUUCCCACUUGAAGCGGAAGCCAAGGCGAAAGGGUGAAAAUUGCUAUUCUAUACCAAAUGAUAUAGCUGGCCAGGAGAUGUGUUGAACGUAAUUCAUACCAUACCGGUAUUGCAUCCAGAGGUGAAUUAGUAUUAGUUCUCUCACCAGCUAUGAUGAACAGAUUAAUAUAGAUACUUAUUAGUAAAUGAUAUAGUGAAUUCUAUUUUACAGUAAUAAUAAUACAAAUAGAAUCUGCAAUAAUCCGGUCAAACCCCAAUUAUUUAACAAAUUUAAAGAGGGAACAUGCCGAUAAACACUAACCCCCAAACACGCCCCAAUUUAUUUAAUUAAUACAUAUUUUAAAUAUUUACAACUUUGUGUAAGAUUAAAAUAAUAUAAUUGAAUUAAUUAUGGUAAAUUAUACUUCCCCAUAGUAGCUACCAUGGCUCAGCCAGGAAUCCUCCUAAACUUCUUGAGCACUACACGUUACUGCUCCCAACGUAUACUUGGUCUAUGGCAUGUUGGAAAGACAAUGAUCGUAGCUAGCAUCACAACCUCUCCCUCUGAGGAGUUAAAACAAUAUUUGAUAUAACAGUAAUUUACAUCCUUUCGGCUCGGCAACCGCUUCAUAUAUAUAUAUAUAUAUAUAUAUAUAUAUAUAUAUAUAUUUUAAUUCUUUAGAAGCAUUGACCAAAUUAUGUAUGUUAGAGCAUGUCUAAUAAUUAACUUGAAUAUACUCCCUGACUUUGUUGGAUUCAUCACAGUUUUACUAUUGUUCUUAUAAUAUAUUACUGGAAUAUUUGUAGCAGGACAGGGGUUAGAUGUCUCGAAAUCAAAUAUUAUUUAGGUUGUUACUUUGCCUGUCUAGGGAAUAGAUUUAGUUUUUUAGUUUGAUGCUUGCUGGCAUGGUGAUCUCUUCAUAUUGUAAAUAAUUAUGGAAUUAAAGUUUUAAAGAUGUUAAUCGAGUGGAAUUGGUGCAUUAGCAAAACACAUAUUUCAAGAAUAUAUUUACAUUUUCUAUCAUUGUAAAAUAAUAACAAAAUAAAAAAGAUCCUUUUUCAUCUGUUUGAAUAUAUAUAUUCUUGUUUGCAUUCCUGUAUUAGGUAGAAAGCUCAAAUACUUUAUGUGUCUAUAAUUUGUUAGUUAAGGUCUUUUUUAUAUCACCAAAGUUAUUCCAUUUAUUGUCUACUUUUUUACUAUAUUUGUUUUAUAAUUUAUUUCAAUUUUGAAACGUGUAUUUCUCAGAUAUGUCCUGAGUGGGUUUUUAAGAAUGCCUUGUAAUGCAGGCAUGUGUUUUGUGUAUUUUGUAUCUGGCUGAGGUGAAAUAAAUUAUAAUUUAUAUGUAGAGUGUUACUUUCUAAAAAUAAACUUGUUGUUUUUAA